AUUAAUUUUAAAAAAUAAUAAUUCCCCAUACGUUCACAUGUUCCAUGCCCUAAUAAACUUGAUUAAAAUACACAGUCAUCCUCCUCAUAUAAACCAAAGCCAUCCCAUCACUGCAAACCUCACACCAUUAAAGUAGAGCACAGAUCAGAGUGGGGAAAACAUGAAGUUCAUCUUAAUCGGCCUUGUCAUCUUACAAUGCACAAUAUCUAUAUACGCUGCGCACAGUCACAGCUUUUUGUACUACGCAGAACAAGUAGUGGAGGAAGAAGAAUCUUUUGUGACUGCAUUUGCAGAAGAAGAUGCUGCAGAUCUUAAUUCCGAUCUAUUCUACUACUACGUUGAACAGUGGCCAGGAUCCUCUUGCGACACGAAGAAAGGGUGUUGUUACCCAACCACAGGGAAACCUGCGACAAACUUCAGCAUACAUGGACUCUGGCCUACAUUGUUGAAUGGCACCUGGCCAGAGUACUGCAAUCCCAAUACUCUCCAUGAUGAGUCCAAGAUAUCAGAUUUGAUUGAAAGAUUGCAAAGUGAAUGGCCAACAAUAUCGUGUCCAUCCAGCAAUGGUUCUAAGUUCUGGAAACAUGAAUGGGAAAAGCAUGGAACAUGCUCUAUACUUGAUCAAUAUGCAUACUUUGAAUCAACACUUAACAUCAAGGACAGAGUCAAUUUCCUUCAAGUGCUUGAGAAUGCAGGAAUAAAGCCAGACGGGAAUGUUUACGAGGUAGGAGCGAUCAAAGAAGCAAUAAAGGCAGGAGUUGGUGUGAGCCCAGUGAUAGAAUGCAAUGCAGAUGCAUCUAAGGUUUCCCAACUCUACCAGAUAUAUAUUUGUGUUCAUCCUAAUGGGAAAGACAUAAUUGAAUGCCCAACAACUCUCAAGAGGAAUUGCAACACUACUGUGGAAUUCCCUCCCUUCUAGACCCCCCUUGCAAUAACAUGUCUCCUAGGUCACCACCAACUUGGAAAAAUUCACCAAAUAAUUGCAUCUACUUUAAUUCGUGGUUUAAAUUAAAUUCGCAUCCUUUUUAAGGGGUAGAUUAUUGUAAUACCCGGUUAUUUUCGCUAAUAUUAUUUUGACAAGUUCCUAA